AUGAAGAUAUGCUCUGUUGUGUUUCAGUUGCCUAUGUUCUUGUGAUUUUAGGGGAAAUCACGCUAUUUCACAGGUAUUUCUCCUUCAACAUGGAAUCCCUUGGUUUAUCUGGAUUAUAAUAACUUCUGGAGGACCAUGGACAAGCUGGGAAAAGAGAUUCCUCCUGAAGCACCAUGGGAUGCUCCACAUGCUGAAGAAUGGGACAAAAUGACCAUGACAGAGCUGAUAAAUAAGAUUUGCUGGACCAAAGCUGCUAAAGAAUUUGCCACCUUCUUUGUGAACGUCAACGUCACGUCUGAGCCUCAUGAAGUCUCUGCUCUCUGGUUCUUGUGGUAUGUGAGGCAGUGUGGGGGCACAGCCAGGAUUUUCUCUAUCACCAAUGGGGGCCAGGAGAGGAAGUUUAAAGGGGGUUCUGGUCAGAUAUCGGAGAAAAUAAUGGAACGCCUCAAAGGCAGAGUUAAACUGGAAAGACCUGUGGUCCGUAUUGAUCAGACAGGUGAUAAUGUCAUUGUGGAGACUGUAAACCAUGAGAUAUAUGAGGGCAAGUAUGUGAUCAGUGCUAUCCCACCCAUCCUGACAACAAAGAUUCAUUACACACCAGAACUGCCGCCAAAGAGAAACCAGUUAAUUCAGCGUUUGCCUAUGGGGUGUGUCAUAAAAUGCAUGGUGUACUACAGGGAAGCCUUCUGGGAGAGGAAGGGUUAUUGCGGUUCCUUCAUCAUUGAGGAUGAAGAGUCUCCAAUUGGAAUAACCAUAGAUGACACGAAACCUGAUGGAUCUUUCCCUGCCAUUAUGGGUUUCAUCCUUACCAGAAAGGCUGUUAAAUUGGCCCAUCUCAGUAAGGAAGAGAGGAAGAAGAAGAUCUGUGAGGCAUAUGCCAAGGCAAUGGGGAUGGAAGAGGCUUUACACCCUGUGCAUUAUGAAGAAAAGAACUGGAGCAUGGAGCAAUAUUCAGGGGGUUGUUACACAGCCUACUUCCCACCAGGCAUAAUGUAUUCUUACGGAAGGGUCAUUCGCCAGCCCAUCGACAGAAUCUACUUUGCUGGCACAGAAACAGCUACUCAAUGGAGUGGAUACAUGGAGGGGGCCGUACAAGCAGGAGAGAGAGCAGCCAGAGAGAUAUUGCACAGGAUGGGGAGGAUCUCAGUGAAUGAAAUUUGGUUGCCAGAGCCAGAGUCGAAGGAUGUCCCAGCCCGACCGUUCACCACCACCUUCUGGGAAAGGAACCUACCAUCCGUGCCAGGACUGCUGUGCCUGCUUAGCUCUACCGUGUGUUUCACCUCUGUGGCUGCUGCGGGGCUGUUUGCCUAUAAAAAGGGACUACUAAUUCGAAACUAG